AUGGGGCGAAAAUUUUACGGAGGAGGCCCCUGGAAUACUACACUAUUUAAGACAACUAUUUUACAAUUGUUCAUAUUUGACGCUGUAAACGUGGUAGAUGCCAUAUUGAUAAAUGUUGACCAGCUGGACCAUUCAGAGUUUCCACUAUUUCUUUCCCAGCUAAUUUUAGGCGUUUCAACAAUCACCUCUUCAUUUUUGUAUGCCUUCCUACCGGUUCUUACCGUUCACAUAAGUAGAGCAGCAAUUCAAAAAUGUCACAUAAAUGCGCAAUCCGCUGCAGUUGGUACAUGUGAUGAGUUAAAUUACUCUCCUAUUGGUAAUUCUUUGGAUUACAUUUUGCGCACUGGAAUCUCUUUGGCUAUUGGUUUGCCGCCUCCUGCUAAAGUUAUAAACAUCAUGAAAAUGAAAAUUAUUGGGCGUAUGUCAACUCACGUUGCUCCACGUGAUCCAAAACGAGAUUUUGUAAAUGAACAAGAAUUUAAUCAAAUUUGUUGA